AUGCUCGCUAACACCCUCGCCGCCUUCGCCACUCUGGCUCUCGUCUCGGCUCAGAGCUGCCCGCCUCCGAGCUCAACGACUCCGCCGCCUCCCCCGCCGACCGGCACGGUCCUGCACCCCAACGGCGACGCUGGCAAGUGCCUCGACGUCCAAGGUGCCAACUUUGCCAACGGCACCCCCGUGCAAAUCUGGGACUGCAACGGCACGCCCGCUCAGGCAUGGACCCUCCAGCGCGGCGCAGGCAAGGUCAAGCUCUCCGCCAACGGCACCAACUUCUGCCUCGACGCCGGCACCAGUGAGCUCGCCACCGUACACGCUGACGCAGACCCCGGAAACGGCGUCGGUAUGAAAAUCUGGAGCUGCGUAGACGUGCCCCAGCAGAACUGGUUCUACACUGGCGACAAUCGCAUCGCGCUCACCGGCCAGGGCUUCUGCCUUGACCUGCCCAGUGGCAACAAGAACAACGGCAACCGCGUGCAGAUUUGGCAGUGCGGCACCGGUAACAACAACCAGGUGUGGACGACCAACGUCAUCCGCCGCCGCUACUACCGUGGCUAG